GUACACGUUCAUGUGCGCCAAGAGAGGAGAAACUUUUUUUUGAUGUACAGAUGCGAUAUCGUCGCACAAUGUUUGAUUAAUGAUAAAACUUUUGUUCAUCGUAAUGUAGUUCUUACACCGCCAGCCAGGACGUAAGAGCACCAAACACGAUUAGCGACACAGUGUCAGAAAAGAAUCGAUGUAAAAUGGAAACGGCAGAAAUCGACAACGAACAGGGUCAUGCAGAUCCCAUAAAAUUGCCAGCUGCGGUUGAGGUGUUUGCAAAUUUGAAAAAUGCUCAAAAAUUCGCAAUUGAUAUCGGCUUAUCAUUGACAAAAAUAGCUUAUUACUCAACAGUUAGUUAUCGUAAAGCAUUGUAUGAGGAUGCAGGUUUAGGAAACAGUGGAGAGCGAGCAUAUAAAGUAUAUGAAGGAAGUAGACUACAUUUUGUUAAGUUUGAAACACAAUACAUUGGAAACUGUUUAGAUUUUGUAAAAGAGAAUUUAGUAAACGUUGAAAGGUUUCAUGGUAAAAGCAUUAAAGUCACUGGUGGAGGAGCAUACAAAUAUACUGCUUUAUUACAAGAAAAAUUAGGCUUGAUAGUUGAUAAGGAAGAUGAAAUAGCAUGUUUGAUAAAAGGUUGCAAUUUUUUACUUAAAAACAUACCGUGUGAAGCAUUCGAAUUUGAGAGGCAUGGAAAUCCUGAAUAUAAAUUUCAAAAGGCUGGUCCUAAUAUAUUUCCAUAUAUGUUAGUGAAUAUUGGUAGCGGUGUUAGUAUUAUGAAAGUGGAAUCCGAUAAAGUAUUUGAGAGGGUUGGUGGCACAGCUACUGGAGGAGGAACCUUUUGGGGUCUAGGAUCUUUGCUGACAAAAAGAAAGGGCUUUGAUGAAUUGCUGCAACUUGCAGAACGAGGAGAUCAUCGUAACGUUGAUAUGUUAGUGAAAGAUAUUUAUGGAGGUGAUUAUUCUUCUCAAGGACUACCUGGAGAGCUUAUUGCAUCUUCUUUUGGCAAAGCAAUGUCUUGCAACAAUAAUAACGGGCGGCCAAAAUUUUCCGAAGCUGACCUUGCAAGAAGUCUUCUGUUCACAAUAAGUAAUGACAUUGGACAAAUAGCUAGUUUAUAUGCAACUGUGCAUAAAAUGAAAAAUGUUUAUUUUGGAGGAUAUUUUCUUCGUAAUCAUCCUUUAUCAAUGCAUACUAUUUCAUAUUCUAUCAAAUACUGGUCACAUGGUAACGUGAAGCCACUUUUCUUACGUCAUGAGGGCUACCUUGGCGCAAUUGGAGCAUUUUUAUAUGGUGCUGAGCAAUCAGAUGAGCAUAGCUGGUUAGAAAAUUAUGCAGGUUCUUCAGGAUUUAAGGAUUCAAUAUCUACUGAUCUUGGAAUUAAAGUUGAUCAGCUGGAAAUAGAUCAAGCAGAAAAUGCUGUUACAUUUUGUCCAUUUUUAAAGGAUCCUGCAACUUACAAUCCUGACACAACAGAUCUUGCAGAAGAUAAAGAAGCUAGAGAUUAUUGGCUUCAGUGUUUUGAAGAAUCAGUGGAUAAAUUUGUGGCAAGAGCUAUCCAUAGUCAGCCUCAUAGUCCAACUGCUAAAAAUCGAGCAACAAAACUUAAAGAGAAAUAUGUUAAUAGACUACAUUAUCUACAUUUGCAACCAUUUGCAUAUGGAACCCUCACUGUAAGAGUAUUAUUGGAUACUAUUGAACACUGUAUGAAGGAAUUCGACUUCCCCGAUCCCUAUUUGCACCAAAAGAAAAAGGAAAAUGAAGAAGCGUUAAAACACUUAAAAGAACGAAUAACUGUUUUGGAUAAAUUGAAGGGAUCAGAAAAAAUAGAAACUUUAAUAUUAGGUGUUUUAAGCGGUAACAUGUUUGAUUGGGGUGCACAGGCUGUUGCUACUUUGAUGGAAACAUCGGACUUUGGUUUCGCUGAAGCUGAGGCAAAGAUACCAGGUAGACCAUGGUUGCAGGACGAUUUAGAUGAUUGGAUAGAAAGAUUGGAAACUGGACCACCCCAUAAGUGUGCAGCUAUUUUUGUUGACAAUAGCGGAGUUGAUAUAGUGUUGGGAAUUUUGCCAUUUACGCGUGAUUUAUUACAGCGGGGAACGAAGGUUAUAUUGUGCGCUAAUUCUAUGCCAGCUCUGAACGAUGUAACAUAUCCAGAACUGGUUGUAACGUUAAGAGAUGCAGCAAAAAUAUGUAAAGUUAUUAAGCACGCACUGAAAGAAAAUCGACUGAUCGCUAUGGAAACAGCUCAAGCAGGUCCUUGUCUUGAUUUGAGCCGCCUGAAUCUCGACUUGUGUCUCGCGAUGGUAAAACAUAACGUUGAUCUUAUUGUGCUCGAGGGAAUGGGCAGAACUCUUCAUACUAAUCUUUAUGCAAAGUUGACUUGCGAAUGUUUAAAAUUGGCAGUUGUAAAAAAUCGGUGGCUCGCGCUUCGUCUGGGUGGUGAUAUGUAUGCCGUAAUAUGCAAAUAUGAGCGGCCACCAGCGAAAACGAAAAUUUAUGAUAUAAGUGUGACGGAAAAGUGUCCAUCGGAAUGUAUGGAGGUAGCAGCACGAAUUUGUACAUGCGAGGAUCAUGAUUGA